GGGUGGCUUUUGCCGUGGUGCCCGGUUAACAUAUUUUUAUAAGCAUAUGACCCUUUCAACAAAAAAAUAAACGGCAACAUUUACUUUUUAAGAGUCGAUAUUGUGUGCGUCAGUCGCUAAUUUAUUAUAAUAAAUGGUUUUGGAGCUGGUAGCGCCCGCGAGUGCAGGCCCCUUACUGCAGCGCUCCAUCCCGUAUAUCGAGCGUGUUUUCCGGGUAAGGGUCAGCCACGGCUCCGGUGAGUCAAACUGCGGCAGCGCCAAUGUCGGUGACAGCAGCUGCAGCAUAAGAGUGAACAUCGAAGAGGGCGAAGAAGGUGACUGCACAAAGGCAAAAGAUUAUAUCGUGUCUCUCAUUUCGCCGGUGCACAGACGGAAGGAGCGGCUAACGUUGGCCCAGCACAGGAGGCUGCUGGCGCUGAAGUCGGCCAUCGAGUAUGACUCGCAGGCCGUGCUGGAGGUGAGGGAGUGCACGGUGGAGAUCUCCGGCGGCGAGCGCAACGUGAUGACCGCCUGGUCCAUGCUGGAGAAGCUGAAAAUGGACAAAGGCCCCUCCGGAGACCACGCCCGCGCGCUGAGAGAGGCCCCCGCGGGCAGUGGCGAGUCGGAGGCGGAGGGGAGCAGCUCCGAGUCGGACGCCGAGCGGGGGGACGGCCGUGAGCCGGCGGUCUCCGCCAAGCCCCACCGGCAGCUCUGCCGCUCGCCCUGCCUGGACCGGCCCAGCUUCUCCCAGAGCAGCACCCUGCAGGAGCCGCGGCCCGACGACGGCGGCCGGAGGCCCGGAGGGGAGCGCGAGUACCAGGCUAAGAUGGAUUUCGCCCUCAAGCUGGGCUACUCGGGGGAGCAGAUUGGGGCGGUCUUGCACAAGCUGGGGGCCACCGCCCUGAUCAACGACAUCCUGGCCGAGCUGGUGAGGCUGGGGAACAAGGGCGAGGCGGAGCCCCAGGGCGGAGGGGCCCCCACGGGCAACAUGCUGGUGCCGCGGGGCCCCUGCAGCAAAGAGACCGCCAGCCCCGAGGUGUCCGUGGAAGAGGAGUCGGUGGACAACUUCGAUAACCUGAGGCCCAUCGUCAUAGACGGCUCGAACGUGGCGAUGAGCCAUGGAAACAAAGAGGUAUUUUCUUGCCGUGGUAUCAAGCUGGCAGUGGAUUGGUUUCUGGAGAAAGGACACAAAGACAUCACAGUGUUUGUUCCGGCCUGGAGGAAAGAGCAGUCCAGGCCUGAUGCCCCCAUUACAGAUCAGGAAAUCUUGAGAAAGCUGGAGAAGGAGAAGAUCCUAGUUUUUACACCUUCUCGGCGAGUCCAAGGGAGGAGGGUGGUGUGCUAUGACGACCGCUUCAUUGUCAAGCUGGCCUGUGACUCCGAUGGCAUCAUAGUCUCCAACGACAAUUACAGAGACCUCCAGAAUGAGAAACCUGAGUGGAAGAGAUUUAUUGAGGAGCGUCUCCUAAUGUAUUCCUUUGUGAAUGACAAGUUCAUGCCCCCAGAUGAUCCUUUGGGGAGACAUGGCCCGAGUUUGGAGAAUUUUCUCAGAAAGCACCCAGUCGUUCCAGAGCACAAAAAACAGCCGUGUCCAUACGGGAAAAAAUGCACGUAUGGACACAAAUGCAAGUAUUACCACCCCGAGCGUGCCAAUCAGCCGCAGAGGUCGGUGGCGGACGAGCUGCGGGCUUUCGCCAAGCUCUCCGCCGUGAAGACCAUGAGCGAGGGCGCCCUGGUCAAAUGCGGCAUGGGACCGGCCGCCCUGAAGGGCGAGGGCGGCUCGGAGGCCAAGCGCGUGGCGCCCAAACGCCAGUCGGACCCCAGCAUCCGCCCGGUGGCCUGCGAGCCGGAGGAGAGACUCCUGGCCGCCCGCAAGCCCGAGGCCAACUCCGUGCCUUCCCUGGUGUCGGCCCUCAGCGUGCCCACCAUGCAACCUGCCAAGAGCCACGCGGCCGGCGCCCUGAACACCCGCUCGGCCAGCAGCCCCGUGCCUGGCUCCUCGCAGUUCGCCCGCAGCUCCCUGGAGAGCAUGUCCAGCAUCCAUUACCCACCCAUCCUGGUCACCAACAGCCACGGCACCUCGGUCAACUACGCCGAGCCGUUCCCCAAGUACGACUCGGUGGGCGACCAUGGCUACUACUCCAUGCUGAGCGACUUCUCCAACCUCAGCCUAAGCGGCUCGCACAGCGCCGACGGCUACUACAGCCUGGAGCACGAGCACAGCCUCUACCAGAGGAACCCCAGCCCCUGUGCCGAGCCCUGCCUCAGCCACUCCAACAGCGACUCCUUCUCCUCCUACGGAGACCCGUACAUGAGCUCCAUGGACAGCAGCCUGGAGGAGGCAGCCAAGGCCCAACAGCCCACCCCGCAGGGCCGACUGCAGGCCUUCAGCCACGGCUUCCACCACGAGGCCUUGACCCGGGUCCAGAGCUACGGCCCCGAGGAGCCUAAGCAGGCCCCCCGCAAGCAGUCCAUCUCCCACCUGGCCCCCCACAUCCAGCACCAGGCGGUGGGAGCCAGGUCCAGCUGCCCGGGCGACUACCCCCUACCUCAGAACAUCCACCCGGCCUCGGCCGCCCAGCCCGGCCGCUCCCUGGGCAUGACCCGCAUGGACAGCAUCUCGGACUCCCGGCUCUACGAGAGCAACCCCAUGAGGCAGAGGCGGCCUCCGCUGUGCCGGGAGCAGCACGCCAGCUGGGACCCGCUGCCCUGCGGGGGCGAGUCGUACGGCUACCACUCCUACCCCCUGAGCAACAGCCUGAUGCAGCCGUGCUGCGAGCGCGUGAUGGUGCGCAGCAUGCCCGAGAAGAUGGAGCAGAUCUGGAGGUCCCCCUGGGAGGUCCUGCCCAGCGAGCACCACGAGAGGCAGGUCAUCCCCGAACACCAGUACCAGACCUACCGGAACCUCUGCAACAUCUUCCCCGCCUACGUGGUGCACUCGGUCAUGGAGAAGAACCCGCACAUGACGGACCCUCAGCAGCUCGCCGCCAUCAUCGUGGCCAAGCUGAGGUCCUGCCGCUAAAGCCUUCAGCUUUCCGGAGGCCAACAUCAGCAUAGUGAUAUAUUUAAACGGACAGGAACCACUGUUUUAGAGAGAGAACGAAUUAUGAACAAAGUAGAGCAUAUUGUGUAUAUAUUUGUAACCACACGAGCAAUGCUGUAAAUAUUUUGUGACUGAUUUUAGGAACAAUCAGAGGGGAAACCUAGAGGAGCAUACCUCAGUGCAUGGAAUAUCAACAUUUAUGGCCUUAGAUAUAAACGACCUCUCUGGGAAUGUUGACCACUAUCCGUUUUAAUGUUGUUGAUUGAAGAGGUCACCUUUUUUAAGUAUUAAGCACUAUCAGUUUUUUUUCCUCAACAGUUUUCCUUACAUUACUGCCUUUUUGGGUAGAAAUUUUGCAAAAUGCACACAACCUAAGCCAAACAAACAGUAGAAUAUACACACACAGCCAUGAUUAAUGGGUAUUUUGAGAGGUCUUUCAAAGCUGCUGAAGUAAUGCCAAAAAAAUCAAUUUUGUCAAGUAAAGACACGCCAAUUUUAUUAUUUUUGAUGCUGAUUACGGCUGGCGGUUAGACGUUGCAUCAAUGUUGAGACAUUUCAUUUGGUGUAUAUCUUGACCGCACUGUGUUUAAUUAUCUCAACGGUGUGUUUGUCUGUGUACAAUUUUGGAGAAUCCUUGUGAAAGUGUGCAUUGCUUUUCUCAAGUCUGUCUCAUGGACCAUAAUUUGGUACCUGAGGAAAAGCCUUCACACAAUGGCACUUUGAAUGAUUUCAAAUCUUAAUGAGUUAGCGUGUAGUUAUUUGGGUGCGGUGAUGUACUCAGCAGAAUGCCUCAGAAGGCAUUUAUUUCCUUAUUGAUGCUGCAGGACACGUAUCGCCCUUUGUAUAUUAACAUAUUUAAAUCUCUGAAUGUUAACUGCCCGUAGGAAUUCGGGCCAAGACUUGUUCACGUCAAGUUUUUUUUUUUCAUGAAAGUGGAGAAGGCCUUGUAUGGCCUUUUGUGUCUUCAUGAGAAGGUGUGACACACUGCCUAACUGUUUCUUCAUGGGAAACACUCAGAACGUGAGGCUGCCGUCAGGGUUGUUUCUGGCAUUUGGCUAAUGGUUUGCAUGCUGCCGUUUCCCUCUUUACUUUCAUACCACUUUCUCCUGCCCUGAAAAGCGUGGAUAAAUAAUUCACACAUGUAAACAAGAUGGUAGAUUGUGAUAUGAAUAAGCAACAGUUGUGGGACACCCCUUAAAUAUGGCACCCAUGGAACAUUCCAACAGAGCUACUGGUCAUGUGUUCAGUCUCAGGCCAGUUAGCAGUGGUUAAAUCCCAGGACAGUUUCUGAUUGGCCCAGGCCAAUGCAACCAAUGAUGCUGUCGAACAGGACUGUGAAAGACUUGAGUCUCAAUGUUGUAGGUGAAUGCCAUGAGCUGAGUCAGGAAAUAAUUUCAAAUUUUUAUUGUAUUCCUGAUUUAAUCCAAGUCUAAAUAACAUACAGUACUGUGCAAAAGUCUUAGGCACCUGUAGAACAUUCUGUACAGAUAAGAUAAAAAAAUAAUUAAAUGAAAGGUCCUAAAUAAACAUACUACACAUUUUACACUACAUUUUAGCAAAUUGGCAGAAUAGUUAAAAACGGAAUAAAAUCAAUAUUUUUUAUGACCACCCUUCUGCGUUAAAACUGCAUCACUUCUCUGAGAUGGCCAACGCUGUCCUGCAGUUCUAUAAGACAAUCAGCAGGGAGGUUGUUCCAAGCAUGUUGGAGAACUUGCCACAGUUCUUCUGAAGACUUUGAUUGGAUCCUUGCUUCUGAUCUCAGACAGCCUUGAUCAAGUUUUUAUGUAAAAAGUAGUCAAUUGCUUACAGUAAUAUGUUACUUUUUAAAAUUAAAUACAAAAAUGUGUGUCAAAUUAAAUGUUUUGGAAAUCUGAAAUGUGUUUUUUUUAUAUUAACACACAAAAAAUAAACAUGGGUGCCUAAGACUUCUACACAGUACUGUAUCAGUGGCUACCAAGCCCAUGUUUUGUACUAUGCAUUGAUUAAGCCCUUGUACUAUUGAAGCAAAAGUUCCAGCACACUAUAUUCUAUAAUGAAAUGGUGACUUUGCCACCUAAAAGAUUAACAGUAUAUUCACCGUGUUGAUAAAUGGGGGUGGAAACUAUUUGUAUCACAGUUUAUCCAAUUGUUUCUUGUGUCAUUGAUUUACCAUGAAAUGCUUUAAAACCCCUUGGGGUUUUUGUGGAGAAUCAGGAAUUUACAUGCAACCAGUAUUUCAACAGUGACCGAAACCCCUUCAGAAUGGUUCUUGUUAAAAAUCACUUUGUUUCCAGAUGCAUGUACAUAUGAUUGCAUUGCUCUGUACAGCACAUUAACUUUCUAUGUGUUCAUUUGGUUUAGGAUUAUUACAUAGUGUAAACUGCAUGCUUUAUAUAAUCUGCCUUUCUGGAAUCAAACUGGGAAGUAUUCUGGUUUGUCUCCUGUCCAAUCAUUAACAUUUUUAAUUUAGUUUCAAUGCAGCAAAAAGCAAAGCCUCAAAUGUCUAGAAAUGACCUUUGUUUGUUGAUACAAAUUGUAUCUAUUUCUUGAUUGUAAAAAAAAAAAAAAAAAAAGAAAUGUACAGAAUCAACAAUAGAAUAAUUUUAUUUAAAAAGAAAAAUGCCAUAAUGUUUGUGACACUGUGUGUCAAUGGGAGUAGCCCAUGGGUAUGUACCAUUUCUAACUGGGCAGUUUAUAAACAGGGACUCUUUGUUGCGCUACACGAAAGAGUGCACAAAUCUCUUGUGCAUAGCUGUAAGCAUUUAUUGUGUCCUAUGUAUUUAAUGAAAGUUACAACCUAAAGCAAGCUGUAAAGUGACAGUGCUUUUAAAGUGUGUUGUUACGCUUUACGCAUCUCCGUUUGACGCCGGUGCAGUAACUCAAGCCGCACUAUCAGGUGUGUGAAUUCCUACAUUCCUGUUCUAUUGCCACCCCAGUGACCCACCCCCACCUGCACACGCAUGCACACGCGCACAUUUUUGGUGGCAUCUCUUAUCCGCUGCUGUUUAUUCUAAAGGCGGCUGACUGGAUGCCCAAUCAAAACAGGCUUGGGUUACUGCACUGUACUGGAGAACAAAAUUGUAUCUAUUGAAAGUGUUCCACUUGCGAUUUUGCCACGUUCCUCUGGCAUAUAUUCUCGCCUUAAGUAUAAUUUAUUUGAAAGCGUUCUGGACUGAAUUCUUUCCAGGUGACAUUUUAGAUGGUGAAUUGGUGGAUGAACUGUAGCCGAAGGUCUUCGUCAGUUGCACAGCUGACUAGAAGGACCAACAUUUUCAGCACAUUUUUUGCUCUCUUGAAUUGUUAUAAACUUUAUGUAAAACACGGUUAACUACCAAGGACAUAUCCUUAAAGAUAUUGUAUUUUUGGAGCCUUUAACUAAGUGAAGCUGGCUGACAAUGAUCAAUUAUCUGGUAGUAAAUGUACAUAUUUUUUUUAUCUACAGUUUGACCCAUCAAUGUAAGUAAUACACCAGCUCACUCCCAACAACAAAAAAAAAACAAUUUUCUUCAAGUUUGUGUACUUUUGUACAUCCAGUAUAGCAGUUCUCAGGUAAUACAAGAUGUGACAAAUGAAACUUCACUGACUUUGUUCUCGACAUUUCCUGAUUUCAAUGAAAAUUGUUCUUUCAAAGUCAGAUUUGUGAAUCCGUGCAGAUCUUACAUGUCAGAUGAUGUGUUGAAUCGUCUUGUGUUGUGGUUAUACUAUAUGUUAAGGGUUAUAGGAGUGAGUUGACUAUUUUAGUCUUGUGUUGUUAUUAUUCGCAGUAGUUUGUUUUAUUCUUUGUUGAAUGAAACACAUUGCUUUUUAAAUUAUUUUAAAUGACAAAACCAAGCAUAUUAAUGACCAAAAAAAAAAAGAAAAAGAAAAAAAAAAACCCUCAACACUUUGGGUCUGUUGACUCAAACAAAAUGUAAGUCUCAAUGACAAAGUGUGUCUUUCUUGAAAUAAAGCCAAAAUGUGAUGUUUGUACAGCAA